AUGGCUCAUGUACAUUUUGAGGCGAGCUUAGCUCCAUUUACAGAGAAACCUCUAUUUGAAUAUAGCAUCCCACUUAUCGAUAGACAAGUUCCUGGAAUUAAUAUCGAAGCAAGAAAUGAUUUAAUAGCAAUCAUGAAAGAUUACAUUCAAAAACGUAUUACAUACGAAUCAGCGCGUGACAGAUUUAUUAAGAUCACUGGAAGUUCCACAGCAAUUGAUAAAAUACGAGAUGUAAUUAAAAUUCCGGAUCAGCCAAUUAAAAAUCAAGAGCUUCCAGAUGACCCUGAUGGCAAGAAUCGUCGAAAGAUGCAAAAAUGGUCAACGUAUGAAGAUAAUCGUCUUUUAGCUGCAAUAUACCGCUUCGGAAUUGAUAACUGGGCGCUCAUUUCCAAGUUUGUUGGAAAUAAUCGCAGCCGCGCUCAAUGCGCUCAACGUUGGACUCGCUGCCUUAAUCCAAGAAUUUGCAAGGAAACUUGGGAACAAAAUGAAGAUCAACUUCUUCUGAACUUAGUUGCCAGGUUUGGAGAUCAUUCUUGGACAAAAAUUGCAGAGUACAUGGGUAACCGCUCAGAUGUUCAAUGCCGUUAUAGAUAUUCACAGAUAAGCAAAGAUAAUCCUGCAAAUCAAGAAAUUCAUCGCGUUGCAUUCCCAUCAAUGAUGCAGAAUCGCGCAAUGGAUUCAGCUGCAAUUCCUCUUCAGCAGCCGAAAAUUACUCCAAUGCAAUUUCAACACAGAUAUUCUAUGCCUGUUAUACAAGUUAUACAUACUUAUGUUUAUCAACAACCGCAGAUGCAGGCACAGGGUAUGGUUCCAAUGGGAGAAACGCCAGAAAUGAAUUCAUCCCCAAUUAAUCAGCAAAAUAAUACAAAUUCUAAUGAAUUGGAUAAUUUCUUGAUAAAUUUCCAGCACGACCAACAUUAA